AUGCUGGACAACAGGCACUUGGUACUCCGAGGGGAAAAGGCAUCCUCUCUCAUUACGCUCAGAUCAGCGGUGGAGUUGGCUUUUAUCCAGGCCUAUCCAACAAGGAACUUCACCAAGGUCUCUCCGCCAGCACUUGUUCAGUCCCAGACGGAGGGCGGUUCAAGUCUCUUUAGCAUUUCGUACUAUGAUGAGCAGGCGUAUCUUACUCAAACCUCUCAACUUUACCUUGAGACUGUCGUCCCAAGUCUUGGGAACGUCUACUGCAUCGAGAAAUCAUUUCGGGCAGAAAAGAGCUUGACUCGCCGCCAUCUCUCCGAGUACACGCACGUUGAGGCGGAGAUGGACUUCAUUACCUUCGAAGACCUUCUCACCCAUGUCGAAGAAAUCGUCUGUUGCGUCGUCGAUAUUUUGACCUCAGGUCCAACCGUCUCAAAUCGUAUCCAUGAUUUGAAUCCAGAGUUCAGAAAGCUAUCCCGGCCAUUCCUGCGAAUGGGGUACACUGAGGCAAUCGACUGGUUAAUCUCACAGGACCCGCCUGUCUUAAAUGAACAUGAUGCUCAGCAUACCUUCGGCGAUGACAUCGCUGAAGCAGCAGAACACAGGAUGACUGACAGGAUCGGCCAGCCAAUGUUCCUGACCCACUUCCCUGCGGAUCUCAAAGCCUUCUACAUGAAGCGUGACUCUGGAGAUCCAAGAUUGACAGAGAGCGUCGAUCUGCUGUUCCCCGGUGUUGGAGAGGUUGCUGGUGCGUCGAUGAGAAUCGAGGACCACGAUGAGCUUCUUGAUGCAUUCAAGAGGCAUGGCUUACCGCCUGAAAAGUAUUACUGGUACAUCUAUCAGAGAAAGUUUUCCGAUUUUGACCUUUUCAACACUUUCCAUAAAGAUGAUCUGCGAGUCGCAAUCUGGAUAAGCAUUCCACUGUCGCCACCACUUACAACUUGUAAUCUUGAGAGCACCUGGUCUUUGGAGGUCAUGGCAGCGGCAAAGGCUGCGCCCUUGAUAUGGAUCAAUGGCUUUCCGGGGACUGGAAAAUAUACAGUCGCCAAAGCAAUGGCCUCAUUGCGUGCAAACUCAAUCUUGAUCGACAAUCACAAGCUCAUUGAUCCGGUCGAGGCCCGCCUGCCGCGAAGCCAUCCAGAUUACAACAGCGAGCGUCAAAAACAGCGUCAAUUGGCAUUUGAUAAAUACGCUUCCAACCCGGGCACACUAACUGACCUCCUCAUUUUCACUGACUUCCAAUCGAGCGACGAGCUGGGUCGCAAAGUGGCUGGGGAGUACCUGGCCGCAGCCGAGGUGGCUGGACGACCGUUCGUUCCUAUCUACCUGACUUGCGAUGUCGAUUCGAACCUUGGAAGAGUAGCAACACAGGAACGGCUUAGAAGUGGCACUACGAAACUCACCGAUCCUCUGGUGCUGGAAGGCCUUCGAUCGAGAUGCGAGCUCUUUGUCUUUGAAUGUUGCCUUGGUUUCUCCAUCGACACGACCAACUUGAAGCCCAUUGAGGCAGCAUCGAAAAUUCUUGAUUUCGCCUUCGGACAGCCACCAAGUGGGAAGGCCACUGAAUGAUGUACUAGGAGUAUCAUGAAAUGGUGUACUCCGAGGUCCGGAAGUCUUUCUUUUUGUUUAGAGAUAUAAUGGUCCGCUCGUCCCCAUCCACACAGUCUAGCUACAUAUAGCCACUUGCUAGUGACGAUAACUCGGUGUAGUAACUACCUUAUCUCAAUGGUAAAUGGAAAUCAAGGGGGUCGCCAGACUGAUGCAGAGGCUAUCAAAUAUUAGUAAUAUGUUUUUUAUGGCCACGCCGGUGGUUCUGUCGCUGCUGUCGAUAGUCG